AUGCUCGUGUCCCUAGAGUUGCUCACAGCCUUCUUGGCUUGUUUCUCAGUUGGAUACGCUGCCCAGAUCCCUCCUGAUACCCCUCUCUCUGAACUUCUCGCCUCUGCCAAAGCCCAUCUUGCACAGGGCUCUCCGCGAGAUGCUGUGACAUACUUCGAUGCCGCAGUGUCGCGCGACCCAACCAACUAUAUCACAAUCUUCCAACGUGGCGCAGCCUAUCUGUCCAUUGGCAAGAACUCUCAGGCUUCGAGUGACUUUGAUCGGGUCCUGGAGCUCAAGCCAGACUUUGAGGGGGCCCUUCUCCAGCGAUCCCGUCUCAAAGCCCGUUCCGCGCAUUGGGAAGAGGCUCUGCAGGAUCUCGAGCGGGCGGGAAAGAAGUCUACGGAGGAUUAUCAAGAAAUCGAGGCGGCACGGGACGCCGGCGCCCUGGCUCUCGAGGCCGAGAAACAAAAGAACUGGGAGACAUGUGUCUCGGAGGCAAAUGUGGCCAUCCUGAAGGCGAAUACUGCGCUUCCACUACGACAGGCUCGAGCUCACUGCCAUUUUGAAAAGGGCGAAACCGAAGAGGCACUGAGCGAUCUGGCGCACGUCCUACAGAUGUCCCCAAGCUUGGUCGAGCCCCAUUUACAGAUGUCGUCCAUGUUAUUCUACUCCCUCGCUGAUAGCGAUCGUGGACUUGCCCAGAUCCGGAAAUGUCUCCAUACCGAUCCUGAUUCAAAGCCUUGCAACCGCCUGUAUCGAAGCGAGCGGAAGCUUGUCAAGCGAUUGGAAAAAUUACAUAACGCUCUGGAAGCGCGCAAGUACAGCAAUGCAGCAGGUCUUCUGGUUGGCGACAGCGAGUCUUCCGGUCUGGUUGCAGACAUCAAGGCAGAUGUCGCAGAGGCCCGAGAGGCUGGCCACAUCCACCAUUUGGCGCCCAACAAUCUUUACGCCCGCUUGGUCGAACAGACUUGUGAAUCUUAUCGUGAGAUGCGAAUGAUCAAAAAGGCUGGUCCUUACUGCGCUGAAGCACUUCAGCUGAUCCCCCAUUCCCUUGCUGGCCUUAUGUACCAAGCUCAAACCGCCAUCGAUGAGGAUCGAUUUGAGGAUGCCUUACGGACUCUUGAUUCAGUCAAGGAACACCACCCCGGCUCCCAAGAGGCGCAGUCUCUCCACCAAAAGGCCCAGACUCUCCUUAAACGCUCCAAGCAAAAGGACUACUACAAGGUUCUGGGUGUCAGCCGAGACGCGGAUGAUCGCACCAUCAAGCGAUCAUAUCGUCAGCUGAUCAAACUCCAUCACCCAGACAAAGCUCAUUCCCAGGGGGUGAGCAAGGAGCAGGCGGAGAAGAAGAUGGCGGCUAUCAAUGAAGCGUAUGAAAUUCUCUCUGAUCCUGAGCUCCGGACUCGGUUCGACAACGGCGACGAUCCCAACGACUCCGAGUCUCAGCAGCAACGUGGCAACCCAUUCCAAGGCAAUCCAUUUGGGGGCCAAGGUCAACAAUUCUUCUUCCAGCAGGGCGGACCUCAGUUCCAGGGAGGAUUCAAAUUCCCUGGUGGGUUCCGCUAA